UAUUCAAUCUUCAUUUAUAAAGAGAGCUAAAAAAUAAAACAAAAAAGUGAAGAACAAAGAAAAAGAAAUUCAAAUUGUCUAGGAACAAAAUAUAUAGCAAAAAAUCGAUAAGAAAUAGCAAUUGAGUAAAUAAAAUAAGAAAUUAUUUUACAAAUUAGAGAAUGGGUGCUGAACAUUCCCAACAAAGAGCCGAGGCAGAUGGACGAGAAAUAUUUGAUUCCAACGUUGGUAAUAAUGCCAAUCAUACACACUCAGCUGGCUCCAGAUCUGCAGCAUCUUCAACAAGUACUGGAGCCAUCAAAAAACGUGCCAUGCUAAGACAGUCAACUGCUCCUAGCAGCAGUAGUAACAGCACUACAAAUAAAUUAAAGCACAGCAAUGAUCCCAUGCCAUCGCCCACCACAUCAGAAAUGAGUAGACCAUCGUCGCCACCCUUGAGUGUAUGUUCUGAUCUGCCCUAUGUUUCCUACACAACGGAUCGCCCAAUAGGCGAUUCACCUAAAAUAAGAGGUAAAUCAGCAAAUAGUUUAACCGGUUCUUCGACACAGCGCAAUUCUUUAGUCUUACGACGUCCCCAGACAGGGGCAAAACCUAAAAGACCACAAUCGACAGUGGGCAGUCACAGUAUAGUCAUAGUGAAGCCGGGCAUAAAAGAUGCUAAUGAGGAAAUUGAAAGUGAACUGCAACAGUUACAAAGUAUACCACAAUUUCUGCCCGUCCUAAGGGAUUCGGUUAAUUCGGCCACAUUUACCAAAGACUCUGAAUGUUUGGAACGUCUACAAAUACAGCCACACUUGCUGAAUAUUUGCAAUCGCAUGCAAACACACCUACAUAUGUGUGCUACACAAGUGGCUCAGGAGCAAUCACAUUUGGUGGAACGCACCAAAGUGGUAAGCAAUUCCAUAACAACACUUUUCGCUUCAUUUGUUGAUAUGCAGAAGUCAUAUGCUGCCUAUGCCGAGCAAUUUAAUAAAGUGCGAUUGAUUUCCCAACAACUCAGCCGUUGCAACUCUCUACUAAACGAUAAUCUGGCCAGUUUGGAGGCCAUUAAUAAUUUUCUAGAUGUCGAAGAUCGUUUGGAACCAUUUGUUUGGCGAACUGAUGACAACAAGCUGCGCGGUGAAGCUGAAGGUGCAGCAGCAAUGCGUUUAAGAAGAUUGUAGUUGCGAAGUAUAAAUUCAUAUGAAAUUUUUA